AGUUUCAGUUUGCUGAGCCUCGCCUCCAAGGCACCGAACGAUGAUCGAUUGCUAGUGGGUAACCCGUCGAUGUCGGAAUCUGAAAUCGAUACCGAAACCGAGACAGAUAGGAUGCGAUGCAUCUCAUGUCGAGAGGAGUACCUGGCCAUCGAUGCUGGCACCUGCAAAGAGUGUUACGAGGAAGCCAGCGAGACGGAGGAAGAGCUCAAGCGAGAGAUCGAAGACCUCAAAGCCAAGGUUGCUUUUCUCAGUUUCUGGUCUCCCGUCGAUAACCACAGCCCCUCCGGUUUCACUGAUAUAGUUCUCAUUGCUUCAGACGAUGAUUGUGGCCAUGGAUCCCCUGCUGCUGUCCGGGCCCAUAAAGCCGUUCUAGUGAGUAGGUCUCCUGUGUUUAAAGCAAUGCUGGAGAAUGAGAUGGAGGAGAGCAGGAGUGGCACAAUCAAGAUCAGUGAUGUGUCCUAUGAUGUCCUGAGCUCCUUUGUUCAUUACUUAUACACCGCAGAAGCAUCCCUUGAUGAGCAAAUGGCCUGUGAUCUCUUGGUGUUGGCAGAGAAAUACCAAGUCAAGCAUCUCAAGGCCUUCUGUGAGAAGUUCAUGACAUCAAAAUUGAAUUUGUCUAAUGCAGUUGUUAGCUUUGCGUUUGCUCACCAGCACAAUGCCAGGCACCUGAUGGAAGCGGCUCUCUCCUUGAUAAUAGACAACAUGGACAAGGUAACAAAAGGAGAAGAGUAUAUGGAACUUGUGGAAAAGGAUCCCCGUCUCGUGGUAGAAAUCUUUGAAGCCUAUCUUGCCAAGCAGGCCAACACUGCUGCCACCAAAGAUUCUUCCAUGCAAUGUUAGGCAGGUUACCAAGCAGUCAAAAGUUAGAAGAUUCCGAAUCCUUUGGUCUUUGUUUCUCUAGAAUUAGAGUCACAUUAACACCUAAAUAGAUUUAUAUAAUCUGUAUCUGUUAUUUUUUCCUUCUUUGUGGGUAUUAGUUCAAACAGAUGGAACAUUGUAGUGCCACAUCUAUAUCAGACCCACACAGUUUGGUUUGGACCAUGUAAUCAAUCUUGUUCUAUAUAAAAAUUUCAGUUCAAA